AUGCCUGAAAAGACCCAGCCUGCGUCUAACGACGACAGAAGCUCUUCUAACAACAGCAGAUCCAAGGGUAUUGACCAGAAGGCCGAUUACUUCCAACGGGUAUCCAGUGAAUCCACCACCGGAUCAGAGGAGGUGGACCCACUCAAGAAGUCCUUUGGUAUCAGAAAGGCUGAAUUACAGACUAAGCAGUAUGACACCCGUCUUCUCAAGGGUAUCUACUUCUUCACCAUCUUCAUUUGUAUGUACAUCAACACCAUCGAGGGUAACGCCUUGGACGUUUUUGUCGGUUAUGCAACUGAGUCUUUCAAGCAGCACUCCUUGAUGAGUACCAUUGGUAUCAUCAGAAGAGUCAUUGCUGCUGCUUCCUUGCCUGCCUAUGCCAGAUUGUCUGACAUCUUUGGUCGUCUUGAGUUGUUUGCCAUAUCUCUUAUCUUCAGAGUUGUCGGCCUUAUUGUGAUGUCUCAGGCGACUGACAUUAAUCGUUACGCUGGCGGAAUGGUUAUCUACUCGAUCGGUACAUCUGGUGCCAGAAUCUUGUGGCAGAUUAACUUGUCGGACGCAUCCACUUUGAAAAACAGAAUGUUGGCCAUCUGUAUUUUGAACCUUCCUUCCAUUAUCAACACCUGGGCAUCUGGUCCUAUCGUGGACAGUUUGAUCGAGAGACACGAUUGGAAGUUCGGUAUUGCCUUGUGGGCUUUUACCUUCCCAUUGGUUGUGUCACCAUACAUGCUUUGUGCUCUCCAUAUGAGAAUCAAGGCUGGAAGAACCGAUGAGUGGAUGGAAAUCACCAACGAGGAAAACGACUAUGCUAUCUCCAAGAGCAACAGAGUCAGCCGCUACGAGGAGCUCAGAAAGAGCGGAUCCACCGGUUUCAUGUUCAACAUCAAGCGUUAUUCUAGUUAUAUUGGUUUCUGGUUUUACGAGACUAUCUGGAGGGUUGAUUUCAUCGCAUGUCUUCUCAUCAUUGCUAUCUUUGGCUUCAUUUUGGUCCCAUUGACAUUGGCAGGUGGAACUUCCCUGAAAUGGGCUGAGGCUCAGACAAUUGCUCCUUUGGUUAUUGGCUUCUGCCUUAUUCCGGUGUUCAUUGUGUGGGAGAUGAAGCUCGCAAGAAGCCCAUUGAUUCCAUUCCCCUUGUUGAAAGACAGAGGUAUCUGGGCUGCGUUCACCAUGGGUGUGCUCUACACUUUUGCCGGUGGUAUGCCCAAUUCGUAUGCUUAUCCCGUGUUGCAUGUGGGAAUGAACGCCAGUAGGGUGGUUGCCACAAGAACACCAUUGUUGCUUCACUUUGUGUGGGCUUUAACUAUGCCCGUGGUUGGUUUUGUCGUUUCGAAGGUAAGAAGAACCAAGAUGUUUAUCUUGUUUGGUGUGAUGAUCUGGUUCGUUGCAAUGGGUGUGUUCUUGCACUUCAGAGGUGACAAUGACGGUCUUCGUGGUAAGUACUACCGUGAUGGUGUUGCCGUUGGUUUUGUGUUGCUUGGAUUGGGCCAGGGCUUCUUCACCAGACUUGUGUCGAUUUCUGCCCAGACUUGCACAAAUCACGAGUACAUGGCUUCUGUUACUGCCUUGUUUGCUGCAAUUUACCAGCUUGGUGGUGCCUUUGGAAGGUGUGUCACUGGUGCUAUCUGGACACAGACCAUGUAUCACAACAUCAGACAAAACAUGAUUGACCGUGGCGUUGACCCAUCUUUGGCAGAGAAGGCUUACGAGGCUCCUUACAAGUUUAUCAAGGAGUACACUUGGGGUACCACUCCCAGAAUUGCCGUGGUUUUGGCAUAUGCAGAUGUUCAGAGAAAACUUUGUAUCGCCGGUCUCUGCAUUUGUGUUGCUGCAUUGAUAAAUGCUCUCUUCUUGAGAGACCACCGUCUUGCUAAUGCCCAGUCUUUGGAGGACACUGACGAGGAGCAGGCUCUUGCUAAGCAAGAGAACAAGGGCAAGAUUGUCUUUACGAACGAUGACGAUCCUAUCUUCAGAUUCAUCAGGAAGUGUUGGAAGAAGGUGACGCCUCAAUUAUCAUGA